AUGAUUUCAUUUUACCAUAAAAAAACACUGCCGUCUACUGGAAAAGCUAAAGUGAAUGAACAAGAGGCACAAACCGAAAGGAUAACUACAUCUACAAGCAAAGAGUUGAAACCUUUAGAAAGGAAUGAAGAUGCUCCAAAAAGAUGUUACAAGUUUAAAAAGGGACACCUGGCUAAAGACUGCAAGGAGCAUUCCGAUGGAGUUGGAAAUGGUAGGAAUGGAGAAAAUGAGACACUUAGUGAAGCUGAGAAAAUUGCAAUGGAAGAAGAUGAUAUAAAGGAGAUUGGUGAAAGUGCAAUGCUUUUAUUAAUCAAUGAUACAAUAUUAUGUAUCAUAUAA